AUGUCACCGCCUAUCUCGGAAUUGAACCCAGACUACGUGCUUGCGGUGCAAUAUCCGCUCGAAAGUCCAUCGUCGGGUUUGCCUACCACACAGGCCAAAAAGAAUCUUACGCUCCUUGUGGAGAAGCUCCAUAGUAACGGCUUCCUGACCCAGAUUAGACCUGGCACGUCCACUCCUUCUACGCUUUUGGUGUUCAUCAAGCUAACAUCCUAUAAGUAUGCUGAGGAGGCAGAGAAGGAUUUGAUCCAAAAUUACGAGUUUGGUGUCACCGCCAAAAUCGAAACGGUCGCUGACCACUCGCGAAUUGUCUAUCGGUACUUAACAGCACCUGAGCUGGUUGGAGGACUCGGUGUAAAUCCCGGUGCGGGCCCAUGGCUGUUUGUAAACUCGGUGUUCCCGAUCACUGAAGCGUUUGAUAACUCCAAGACGAUAACCGAACAUGUCAAGACCCACUUGUCGGCCAGUGAACUCACAACGUCAAACAUCAAGGACAAGUACGGUGUGCAGGUAGCUCUUUACUUUGAAUUCCUCAAGUACUACACUACCUGGCUCGUAUUCCUUGUCGUGGUAGGCAUUACGCUGUACUUGAAACUGGGAAAGAUCUUCCUGUUGCUGUACUCGUUCAUCAACCUCGUUUGGGGAGUAUUCUUUAUCGGCUUUUGGGAACGUCGUCAGAGGUACUUGGCCAACUGCUGGGGAGUCCAGAACUCACACUUGGUCGAUGAGCACAAUGCCGAAUUGGCCCAAAUCAAUAAGCUGUUUGAAUCAAAAUCCUCCUACCUGCACAAGGACAAUUCGGAUGCAUACAGAUUUAUCAGGCAGAUGUUGUUCAUUCCUGUUGCAGCCAUUUUCGCUGCUGUGUUGGUGCUGUAUCAGUUGUUGUGUUUCACUAUUGAGAUUUUCUUGACAGAUGUCUAUGAUGGACCAGGCAAGUCGUUCUUGACCCUUAUCCCCACCAUCUUGAUUUCUGUGUUUGUACCUAUCUUGACUAUUGUGUACAAUAUCGUCAGCGACGCUGCCAUUAGCUGGGAAAACCACGAUAGUGUGUAUUCUCGUGACCGUUCUCAGUUGAUUAAAACAUUUGUGUUGAACUUCCUCACCAGUUACAUGCCAUUGUUAAUCACUUCUUUCGUGUACUUACCUUACGCUCACUUGGUUCAACCUCACUUGGGCGAUAUCAAAGACGCCAUUAGUGCCAAUGUAGCCGAAAGCAGAUUCUUCUACAAGUAUCUAAUCAAGUUGAAGAAGCAGGAAGAUUUCAAGAUGAACCAAGAGCGUUUGAAUGCCCAGUUCUUCUACUUCAUCGUAACCAACCAGGUCAUCCAGCUUAUUCUCAAGUACGUCUUACCAUUGAUAAUCACAAAAGCAAGCAAACUCGUCAAGGAUGUGCUCAAUAAAGGCAAGGAAGAGUACGAAAUUGUAGACAAUGAAGAAGAAAAGGUUUUCCUUGAAGACGUACGCCAUGUUCUUGAUCUUCCUGUUUAUAAUGUCAACGACGACUUCAGAUCCUUAGUAGUGCAAUAUGGUUACUUGGUCAUGUUUGGACCUGUCUGGACUAUUGCUCCCUUAAUCUGUCUUAUAUUCAACAUUAUCGUCUUCAAAUUGGAUACGAUCAGAUUAGCCAAGGGUACGUAUUUCAAGCCACCUGUCCCAUCAAGAGUCGAUUCCAUCCACCCAUGGAACUAUGCCCUUUUCCUCUUGACAUGGGUUGGUUCCAUCGUAUCUCCUCUUAUCACUGCCUUUUACCGCCAUGGCACUAAGCCACCUAAGACCUUGGGCCAAUUUGCAUUCGACAAGGCUAGCGUCAAUGUAUCGUCAACUGCUAGAUUGAUGUUCAUUCUCUUUGUAUCCGAACACGGCUUUUUCAUUCUCAACUACUUCAUCAACAAAUUCAACAGCUUUUUCAAGAGUGAAGUGGAAUGGAAGAACGAUUUUGUCGACAACGACAUUAAGUUGAGACAUGACUACUACUCCGACAAGGUCAAGCCACACUAUGUUCCAGAUGAUCACAGUGCUUGGGCAACGUUCUCUGCCGAAGAAUCUAUUGAGUCUGCUUCAAAACUCCCUUUGAAGAAGGUUAUUCAUACUGAAGCUUCUCCAGCUACAACUGCACCAAGCCAUAGUGGCCCAACCCCAAUUCCUGAAACAAAAUCUGAGGCUUAUCUGACUGCAGCUAAAACGAACAUUACUGAAGUACAACAGCGUGGAAAGAACACAGCUAAGUCUGUUGCAGAAAAUGUCACUGCCACUGUUUCAGAAACCGAAAGAGUAGCUUUGGAAAAAGUAAAGGACUUCGACGAUACAAUUAUCAAAUCUAAAAACACUUUAGGUGAAGAACAUCUUGCUACCAUCGAUAACAACAAGCACAUCCCAGUGGAAAAUGUGACUCAUUUGUCAGAAGAUGCCAAAGCAGCCAUUCACUCCACUACUUCUGAAGCUACAAAGGCAGUUGAUAAGUUAUCUGACUCCGUUGCUGAUGUUGAGGAAAGUGUUGGUGAUGCUGUGGACGAUGUUGAUGAUGCAGAUGUUACAGUCGACUCUACAAUCGACUCUACAGCAGAAAGUAAUGACUAUCAGAACUUUAUCAAUGAGACCAAGAAAAACGUCGAAGAAAAAGCCACUAAGAAGAGAUCCUUGAAGAAACUCUUCAAGAACAAGAAAUGAGCUAUUGUUUUUUAAAGGAAAUAGAUUGAAAUUUACUUUUUUGUACUAUUU